GCAGUGGACGGUGGGCUGUCACCAGUGAGACCACAGGUCCCCAGGUCCCCAGAGCUCCCUGGAGCUGCAUAUUCUUGCCCUUUGUCCUUGGGCUGACAUGAAUGAAUGCACUGGACACCAUAUGCUUUUUCUCUAGGAAUAAUUUGGAAACAACUAGAAAAUGCCCUGAGGUCAGCACCAAGGGAAGCAUCCCAGAUUUCCUCUACCCUGGUCCCUAGGUUCCAGGAAAAAGAGGUCAGGCUUGAGAAUCAUCCAGAAGUGGAACAGAGUGGAGGAAGCUCACUAUGGCUCCAGCCCCCUGGCCAUGCUGACGGCAGCGUGCAGCAAAUUUGGCGGCACCAGCCCCCUGCGGGACUCAACGACACUGGGCAAAGCAGGCGCAAAGAAGCCAUACUCCGUGGGCAGUGACCUUUCAGCCCCCAAAACCAUGGGGGACGCCUACCCAGCCCCCUUUUCAAGCACCAAUGGGCUCCUCUCACCUGCAGGCAGUCCCCCUGCCCCCACCUCGGGCUAUGCCAAUGAGUACCCUCCUUUUUCUCACUCAUUCCCUGGACCCACGGGCACCCAGGACCCCGGGCUACUAGUGCCCAAGGGCCACAGCUCUCCUGACUGCCUGCCCAGUGUCUACACCUCCCUGGACAUGGCACAUCCCUACGGCUCCUGGUACAAGGCAGGCAUCCACGCAGGCAUCUCGCCGGGCCCUGGCAACGCUCCUGCUCCCUGGUGGGACAUGCACCCCGGGGGCAACUGGCUAGGUGGUGGGCAGGGCCAGGGUGAUGGGCUGCAAGGGACACUGCCCGCGGGCCCCGCUCAGCCUCCGCUGAACCCCCAGCUGCCCACCUACCCGUCCGACUUUGCCCCCCUUAACCCGGCCCCCUACCCAGCUCCCCACCUCCUGCAGCCGGGGCCCCAGCACGUCUUGCCCCAAGACGUCUAUAAGCCCAAGGCCGUGAGCAAUAGCGGGCCGCUGGAGGGGGGCGGUGCGGCCAAAGCCCCCCGGGGGGCCGGCGCGGGGGGCGGCGGCUUCGGCGGCGGCGGGGCGGGCCGCUCCUCCUGCGACUGCCCCAACUGCCAGGAGCUCGAGCGCCUGGGCGCGGCGGCGGCGGGGCUGCGCAAGAAGCCCAUCCACAGCUGCCACAUCCCGGGCUGCGGCAAGGUGUACGGCAAGGCCUCGCACCUGAAGGCGCACCUGCGCUGGCACACGGGCGAGCGGCCCUUCGUGUGCAACUGGCUCUUCUGCGGCAAGCGCUUCACGCGCUCGGACGAGCUGGAGCGCCACGUGCGCACGCACACGCGGGAGAAGAAGUUCACCUGCCUGCUGUGCUCCAAGCGCUUCACCCGCAGCGACCACCUGAGCAAACACCAGCGCACCCACGGCGAGCCGGGCCCCGGGCCCCCUGCCGGCGGCCCCAAGGACCUGGGGGAGGCGCGCGGCGCCGCGGAGGAGGAGGCCAGUCAGACGCCCCGGCCCCCCGCCUCCCCGGCGCCCCCAGAGAAAGCCCCCGAAGGCAGCCCGGAGCAGAGCAGCCUGCUGGAGAUCUGAGCGGGCGCGGGGUCGCCGGCUGCGUGGACGCGCUUGUCCUCACCCGCUGGGCCCCAGCAUGCUGCCCUUGGGGCUCUUGCCAGCCCCCCCGCCCGCCGGCCUGGUGACCCCCGGCGCGCCCUGCGGCUCCCCGACCUUUGCCCAGAGCCCGUGCUGCAGACCCUCCUCU